AGCUGUUAUUCAACAAUAUAUUUGGUAGGAUGUAAGUGAAAAUCAAACACAGACACAGUGGCAAAGAAUCUGUAAGUUGGAAAAGCGAGUUGAUUUUUGAUUUUCACUUACACACAUGACAAUUAUGAAAUAUUAUAUGUUGUAGAGCCCUUAAGAAGGUGAAAUAAAACACUGAAAGCUUGGCAUAGUUUCAACACUAGAACAUUCUGUGGACCACAUCCUCGAUCCUACCAAAUAUAUUGUUAAAUUAUUUAAAACAUAAAUUUAUCUAGACAACGUAUUGGUUUAGUUAAGUAAUUCUUGAAAUUAUAUGUAAUAUAUAAAUCCUCAUACAUAAAAGAUUGUCAGAGACUUAUGAUUUUUCCUUCUCGAAGGUAGGAUAAUAGGUUUAUUAUCCCUAUAGGUUCUAUAAUAGGUCUAUUAUCCCUAGGUUUAUUACCUAAAAUCAUAAGUUAAACUGUUGAGGUCGAAAUAUAACAAAUUGUCAGGGACUUUCAACGCUAAACACAAUUUAAAAGCAAAGUAAUUCCUGUCAUAGGAGGGCUUAACAUUCAACUAUCCAUCUCAGAUGAGGGUCAAACCACUUUACAAUACAUUUUCUGAUUAUUCCAUGGAUUUUGCUGGUGUUUGAACCCGGAACUGCGCUAGUAUGGCAAAUACUAGUUGGACGCUCUAAAAACAAAUUCCAAAUCACUUUCUGUCGUAUAUUAAACAAAAUCAAUAAAUCUUUUUUUUAAAUCUACAAUAUACAAAAAUCAGAAACGUACUGCACUUACAAGCAGGAAGUCUGCAAAGCAUAACUUUCAACUUCAAAAUUUUUAAAAAGGAAAAGCUCAAAAAAAUCUAUCAAAUAGUUACUAUUAAAAGUUGAGAUUUUCGUAUUUUUUUAAAAUUUCGUUAUGUUCUUUUCUUUAGAGCUUUCCUCUUUCUUUAUCCUAAAGUUUUGAACUAUUGUUAUUUACAUUUUCUUUUUUAACAAAUCAUUGAUAUUUUCAUUUGUUUAUUCAAAAUAUUGUUUGCAUUAUCAAAUUGCUGGGUCACAUUUGUACACAUAAACAGUAAGAUGAAGAUGUGUUAAAAACAAUUCCUUAUAACUGCUGAAUCAGUAGCAUCUAGACAUUAGACUAAAAUAGCUAUACCAAAUCAAAUAGUAAUGUUUACAGUGGUUUCAAUAAUUUUGCAUAACGUCGUCUUUGAGUUAUUUCUUUUUUAUUUAUAUUUAUUAUAUUACAUUUUUUAUUUAUUUUGUCUCAAAGACAUUUAUAUAUAAUGUGAAGGAUAAAGAGAGAAUAGAGAAAGGAAGAUAGAUGGCGACUAGAAAGACUAAUAAUAAAAAAUAAAGAAUUAAUUAAGGAGAUGUAAUGAUAGGAUAGAUAUAUAAGGUAGUUAGAGGGAAAAAGCAAAUGAGAGGGAGAAAUUAAAUGAGAAAAAAAGAGAUGCAUGCAGAAGUACACAGACUGACAUAGUGAGUGUAUAUGUGUGUUUUAAAAAAAGUGAAACAAGUGAGUGAGUUUUAGUGAGAGACAGCGAUUUGACAAAGCGAUAAUAAGAUAUAUAGACAUAAUUAAAUUUAUAUAGGGAUAUAAAUAUAGAUAUACGUAAUAGAGGGAGAGAAAAAUGAAAGGGAGAACACAGAACAAGGUAUUUGAGUGUGUGUGUGAUUGAUUCUAAUACCAAGGAUUAAAAUGAUUGAUUGAUUGUUUUAUUUAAUCAUGCAAAAUUAGGACUCUUGGACCUCUCUAUCAUUUAACAUAAGAGGGACAGACACCUAACAAGUCUACUACUUCAGUCCCCGGUAAUGGUGUUAUCUUUGUCAAUUUGUCAACAAACACAUAAUUCAAAAUGGUGAAACGUGACAGAUAACACUGAAAAAUUACUAAACUGCCUAAUUAACUGCUUAAAACUAUAUAUAUGAGAGUCACGAGAAAUAUUCAAAAAUAAAAAGUUUGUAAUUUUGUAUUUGUUUAUAAAAUUGGUUGCAUUUUCUUGAAUUAAAUGUUGAAAACGUCAAUGAGUCUGUUUUAAACCAAAUGACCUUCUUGCACCUGUCAACGGCUCAAAUGGCCUUCGGAUGCACCUUGGGGAAGCUGCGAGGCUUAGCGAGUCCUUACAAAUUCAUUCCUUUUAGCAUCGAUGAUUCGUUUGUCGCCAAGGUCAUAGGCUGCCUGCCACCUGCCCUCAUCCCUCCGAUCCAUAUAGCGACACUUUACUACGUCUGGCAAUCCUUUUCCAGGAGGGUUGAUCGGAGAUAUUGCUCCUGCUCGUGCUGGGACACAGUCUUUAAAGGUACUUACGAAACAGGAAUUGCUUCAUAUAAGCACAUUUAUUUCAAUGCAUCAUUAAAUAUGCUGAAAAUUUGGGCUAUGACAGUAAUUUGUAUCAUAAUGUUUUAUGAGAGUAUAAGAAGACUAAUGUCAUUAUGCCUUCAAAGUUAUUUAAGAUAUAGCAUGCUGCUCCUUUUUAUAUCAUCUAUAUUUUCGCAUUAUUACUCUUGGUGGAUGUAUGUAAAUUACUGGAAUGAUGAUUACUAUGCCCAAUGGAAUCAUCAGUUGUUUUUUACUAGCACAGAAUUGCUUUCUUCCAUUUUGGUACUACAAUUAGCGGAUAGCAGGUCAAUUGUGACACAAAGGAAAGCUUUAUGUAUAGUCAGCAUUGCAGUUCUGCAUGUUAUUGCCGGAAGCUUAGACCAGUUUAUACUGAAUGUGGUAAAAGGAGAAGGCCACCUCCACCAGGUGCUUAGAGAUGUCAGUUUUAUGAUACCGGAUUUGUUGCAUGUAAUUUUUCCUCUGAUUGAACUUAGAAAAGUUCAAUCGAUGGAAAAUUCUCUUGUUCCUAUGAGUGAUCUGAAACGUGACUUCCUUUUUAUAACAGCACUUAUAACUGGAGGAUUGUUUCUCUGUUCAUUGCUAUAAAUGACACGACAAAUAGAUGGGUAUUUGAAAGGUGUAAAUUUUCAUUGGACGGAAAAUUGAUUCCAGUUUGGCUUUGUUUUUUUAAGUCAGCUUUAAUUUCUGUCAUUACACUUUUUUUUAUUGCCAUUAGCUAUAGUUAUAGUCAUUUUUCUCUUAUUUGGUCUUUCUGGAUUUUUAUUUUUUAUUUUGAUUCUAGUAUGUUUCAUCAAACUAUUUCUUUAAACAAGUGGUAUUAUUUUAGUGCACUAUUUUAUUUUUCUCAAACAUCAUAGUUUAAUAAA